AAAAACAUGAGAUUCAGAAGUAGUAACGCUGGGAGCCUGAGACGAUAACAAACAUCUCUGAACUGCAUCAAAUCAAACCCUAAAAUCUCAAUUUUAUUCAUAUAUUUUCACUGUGAAUCACAAGCAAUUACACUGACUACAGGUACGCUUGCUGUUCUCAACAUUCAUUUCUCAAUUUGACUUCGAGUUUGACGAUUUCUAGAUUUGAUCCGAGCGAAAUCGCGUUUGAAUCUGAUCAAUUUGGUGUUAAUUGCGUGUUUUAAGCUGUGUUGAAGUGUGAUUUGUUCUUAAUUGAAGUGAUUAUUGGUUGUUUUAGUGAAGUGAUGUGAGUUGAGGUGUUUGAUUGGUGGUUGCUGAUGUUGAAUUGGAUAGUAGUGAUUGAAGUGUUGGUUUAGUUUUCGAUAGUGUUCGAGAGAAAAGAUCAGGGAUUUAUCGAGAAAGGCGUUGAGUUGUGGGAUUUAGUUUGUGUUUAAGUGAUUGAUCUGGCGGUGUUAUCUGUUAUGAGUUAGAUUAGUGUUUUGCACGGCGCGGAAAGUGCAUUGGUUGUUAAUUUGUGUGUAUACUGUUUUGACGGUGCGUUUGUGUUGAUGUAUUUUUGAGGUGGAAUUUGAUGGAGUAUUAGGAUUUCGAGUGCUGAUUUGAUGUUGGAGGUGGUUUGUUGAAUCACGUGAUUGUUUUGUGAGUUUGUGUAGGGACGAGAUUUGGUGGUUGUUAAUGAAGGGAAAGAGGAGGAUUGGAGGAUUUGAAGUAUAAUGACUGGAGGGCCAUUAGGUUUACGAACUGGAAGUUAUGGAUCGUUGCCACAGCAGCAGACGACAAAUGGUGUGGCACGUGGGCAGAAUUUUAUUGUUGUGCGGAAACCUGCAAAGAUGUCGCUUUCUGGUUCACGAGAGAAAGAAAGGCUUUUUUCGUAUAUAUUGAGACAGUUGGUUCGAAGGAAUGUUGUUAUGGUGAUUUUGCUUAUCACGGCUUUCGCGUUCUGUAUGACAGGAUUCUUUAAAGUAAAUAAAGAUGCAUUGGUGAGCAAUAGCACGGAAUACUUUGCGUUCAAUCUUACAGCAGAUUUUGAAAAUAAAGGAAGCAGCCUGACAGAGAAUCUUUCCAAAAUGAACAUUCUGACAGUAUGUGACGAAACUACUGGUUUUCCACCUCCUAAUCCUCUCACUCUUCAAUCUUCAAUUGCUACACCUGUUUUAGGAUCUGUAGCUGUUCAAAACAAUCCAUGUGAACAUUUUACGUUCCCUCCUCCCCCUCCUCCCGGCAAGAGAAGACGCAUUGGACCACGACCAUGUCCAGUGUGUUAUCUUCCUGUGGAGCAGGCUAUUGCUAGUAUGCCAAGCUCCCUGUCCGCUUCGCCCGUGCAUCAUUUAAGCUACUUUCAUGAGGAUCGUCCUGUCAAAAGUGAACCACAUGGAGGCUCGGAUUUUGGUGGAUAUCCUUCUCUAAAGCAGAGGAAUGAUUCUUUUUCUGUUAGAGAGUCGAUGACUGUGCACUGUGGAUUUGUUAAAGGAUGUAAACCUGGUCACCAAACUGGAUUUGAUAUUGAUGUAGCUGAUCUCAGCGAGCUAGAGAAGUUUCACAAGGUCAUCGUAGCAUCAGCCAUAUUUGGAAAUUAUGACAUCAUUCAACAGCCCAAGGACAUCAGUAAAACCGCAAAAGAAAAUAUUCCUUUUUAUAUGUUUAUUGAUGAAGAGACGGAAGCAUUUCUAAAGAAUUCAAGUGUCCUAGGCAGCAGAAAGAGGGUUGGAAUAUGGAGGAUUAUUGUUGUCCGUAACAUUCCAUAUACUGAUGCAAGACGAAAUGGGAAGGUCCCAAAGCUUCUAUUACACCGGCUUUUUCCUAAUGUACAAUAUUCUUUAUGGAUUGAUGGAAAGCUUCAGCUUGUUGCUGAUCCAUAUCAAAUUCUUGAAAGGUUUUUGUGGCGGCAAAAUGCUUCGUUUGCUAUUUCAAGACACUAUUCUCGGUUUGAUGUGUUUGAAGAAGCUGAAGCUAAUAAAGCUGCUGGGAAAUAUGACAAUGCCUCCAUUGAUUACCAGAUUGACUUUUAUAAACAAGAAGGCCUUACACCAUAUUCUGAUGCUAAGCUUCCUCUCACAAGUGAUGUUCCUGAAGGGUGCGUCAUUAUAAGAGAGCACAUUCCAGUUACAAAUCUUUUUUCUUGUCUAUGGUUCAACGAAGUCGAUCGGUUUACUUCCAGGGAUCAGUUAAGCUUUUCCACUGUGAGGGACAAGAUAUUUGCUAAAGUUAACUGGGGCAUGAGUAUGUUUCUGGAUUGUGAGAGGCGAAAUUUCGUGAUACAGGCAUACCACCGAGACCUACUGGAGCUCAUGCCUCCACCAGCAAGUAUUGUACGUUACCCUCCACCAGUGGUGGUUCGUGAAAAAAGGAAUGCGAGGACUAGCAUUGUACAUUACCCUUCACCAGUUGAGGUUCAUGGUAAUAGGACUGUCAGGAAUCCAGUGAAGAAGAAUCCUAUUAGACGUGGAAGAGAUAAAAGAUCUGGUCUAAGGCGGCAUCGUAAAGUUGUAUCUGGUAUCAAAGACAAAACUUCAAUAUAAUUUGAUCCCCCUUCUUUUUAAUAUUUAUUUGUACACAAUGUGCAAAAUAGUUUUGGUCCCCUCUCCCUCUCAGCCAAGUCAUUCCACCAAAAAUUAGGAUUGAUGUGGCAUACUCACUUAGAAUUAUCCGAAGAGAAUAGCUGGAUUCAAUCUUUGUUCACAACUUGUCGAUAAUUAUUCAUUUUUUGUUGUAAAUACUAUAAAUUAAAAGAUUUUGAUACGUCAUACCAUA